AUGGAGUCCCUUACAAUUCUUAAUCUUUCUGGCUGUUCAAAGAUCAAGAAGAUUCCGGAAUUUAAGGGGAUUAUGAAAAGCCUAACAGAACUUUAUUUGGGUUGUACUGCUAUCGAGGAACUACCCUCAUCAAUUGAGUGCUUGACUGCCCUUACUUUACUAAAUCUAGAAUACUGCAGAAAUCUCGAAUGUCUUCCAAGAAACAUAACUAGUUUGAGGUCACUUGAAAUACUCAUUCUUUCCAAAUGCUCACGCCUUGCCAACCUGCCUGAUAACCUUUGGAAAAUGAAGUGUUUAAAGGAACUUGAUUUGAGUGGAACUGCGGUUAGAGAAAUUCCCUCUUCCGUUUUUGUCUUGAAAGAUUGUGGAUGUGGAGAGCCAUUAGAGAGUAAUUUUUCUGUGAGGCCUGAGUUUUCCCUAAAACGACUUAUACUGAGUAGGAUGUCUCAACUUGAAGGAAUAGGGCUUAAUGGUAUUGGCUGCUUCUCCUCAUUAAAGUAUUUAACACUAAGUGGAAACAGUUUUGUCAACCUACCUGCAAGCAUUAGUCAACUUUCGAAACUGGAAGCUCUUGAUUUGAGCAACUGCAGUAUGCUUCGAUCAUUGUCAGGCCUUCCAUCAACUGUGAGAUAUAUAAAUGCUCAACAUUGUUAUUCCCUAGAACCAUCAGUAACUAACCUACCAGUACUGUAUGGACAGAGCAGUAGAAGCAGUGUGGCAUAUACAAUAUUGAACCGUUACUUAGAGGGAAUUCAUCUAAAAACUGGAAAUGAAACUCCUACCAGAAGGGAAGAGGAUAGAUCUGGAACUGAAUUUCAGAUGAUUAUUCCCAGCAAUGAAUUUCCACAUUUCUUAAUGCAUCAAAACUCAGGCAAAUCAGUAGUCAUAAAGCUGUCUCCAAACUGGUGUAAUAGUAGGUGGAUGGGAUUCCUUCUCUGCCUCCAAAUUUCAUAUUCUCCUAAUUCUGUUGAUGUUUCCAGUGAAACAUUUGGUUUUAGAGCUAAUGUGAUAAGCCUUGGUGAUAGGUCUCGCGGUAAGGCCUCUGAAAUUUUCUUUAAGGUGUCAUUUAGUGUGGACCACAUUUGGCUAUUGUAUUUGUCUCGUGAUGAUUGGCUUGCUACUGUUCUGAAUGGUGAUCAAUGCAGUCAGAUUGAGGUUAAAUUUGAGACCUCUAGCCCACACGCUGAGGUGCGGAUGUGUGGAGUUGGUUUGGUAUACAAAGAAGAAGUGAGAUGGUUUAACUUAGGAAUUGCAGAAGAAGCAAAAUGUACGUGCUUCUGA